AUGCUUAAUUAUUACUGGCCUAGUAAAUAUGAUAUACCUAGCUUCCACUUAGAUCAAUACUUACAAAUGCAGGCUCUACGUUAUGCCCCCAAGAAGACGCAUCCUUCUUUAGUUUCUCUCUCGGGUUUGAUGCGUCUGCUGGCGACGAAAAAGAAUAUCAUUUGCCGUUUGCUGCAGCAGUUAGACGCGGAGCUUCUUAAAGAAAACCCAACUCUACAAGACCUCCAUGCGUUAUACAGAUCUCUCUUUCCUGACGACCCUCUGAGCGGCGUCGCGCCGCAAGACAAGACGUGGCGCUGGACAGACAAAAUGAAGCCCCAAACCCUUCUGGGGUUACUGGAAUUGUCUGCUAAACUGAGGGGCACAACACAAACGGAGUUCAACCGAAUUCUUCGCGAGGCCAGCGAAUGCUCGUAA